AUGGUCGCCCCACAGGUCGAUCCCGACGGUCCCCUGGCCGCUGAAGACGAAAUUUCAGAUAGUGAACUGGAUAUUGAGAGCAUUCGCUCAGAGACCACAAGCGUGAAAGACUCUAUCCUUGAGUACAGAAUUGAGAACGGAAGGUCCUAUCAUAAGUACAAAGACGGCAAAUAUGCCUGGCCCAAUGACGAUAAGGAAAAUGACAGAAUGGAUAUGCAACAUGAGAUUUGCCUUCUCACGUUUCACGAGAGAUUAGGACUUGCUCCUCCGUGUGAUGAGGGCGCCAAAGUCGGCCGCGUCCUCGACCUUGGUACUGGAACCGGUCUCUGGGCCAUCGACUAUGGUGACCAGCAUCCAGAGACGGAGGUUCUGGGCGUCGAUCUCUCUCCCAUUCAGCCACGCGAUGUGCCUCCUAAUGUCAGGUUUGAGGUUGACGAUGUUGAGGAAGAAUGGCUGUAUUCCCGGCCCUUCGACUAUAUCCAUCUUCGGUUCAUGAAUGGGUCUAUUUCAGAUUGGAAGAAGUUCAUUCAAAAAGCCUAUGAUAAUCUCGUCCCAGGUGGCUACUUCGAGAUCCAGGAUGGAGACUUCAUAAUCAAAGCUGAUGAUGAUACUCUACCUCCCGAGAAGCCACUGGCACAAUUUGUUUCCCUCAUCCGCGAAGCUGCAGAGAAGUUCGGGCGCAGGUUCGCUCCAAUCCCAGAGAUGAGGGAGCUAAUGCUCGAAAUUGGAUUCGAAACUGUGGUCCAGCAGAACUUCAAGUGGCCCUCCAACCCCUGGCCGAAGGACGAGCACUUCAAGAGGAUUGGCGAAUGGAACUUCCACAAUUUCGUAGAUGCUGCUGAGGCGAUGGCCCUGGCACCUCUGACCCGUGGUCAUGACUGGACGAAGGAGGAGGUCCAAGUCUUUCUGGUGGGCGUUCGUCAGGACAUGAGGGACCAGAGAAUUCACUCAUACAUGCCCAUCUACACGCUUGUGGGCAGGAAACCGUUGAAAGAAGAUACUCCAGCCCCGCCUCAAAACGAGAACACGCCAACGGCUGGCGAUGUCUCCGCAGCAACAGCUUCAGCCUCCCCUUAG